UUGGCCCAACAACGAAACUGUCGCCGCCGGAUUCCGAACUCAAUCCUUUCUCAACGACGGACAUAGAUGAAGGCAAAGGAGAAGCCAUCGAGCUCGAAAUCCCCCCCUCCGCUCGCCCUGCUUUUCUUUCCUAGCCUUCUCAAUGUCGUCGUCUUCUUCCUUUGCGCAUCGGCAUAAUCUUCAGCCAAGCCAAAUUGCUGCGCAGUAGCGCCCUUCUCUUUCAGGCCAAGCAUCUGCAACUCACAAGUUUCGAGCACCGAGCUUCUGGAAGAAGUACAACAAGCAAUGGAAGUUUCAAUUGCAGGGGAUUGGUGAUAAUUUUUGGAGGAAAUUUGAAGAUAUAAUGCGUUCGACACCCAAACAGCCUCUCUUUUGCUUCAAAUGGCCAUGGGACAUAAACCCUAAAAAUCCUUCUGACUGUUCAUUUGAGGGUCCUUGGCUGUUCAAAUCACUGCAAAAUGUGGGUGUCUUUGCUUCCAAUUUCUUAAACGAAGUUUCAAAGUCAUCACCUCCAUGGGUCAAUGCUUUCAAGCCAUUGUCGUUUGAUGGAAAUAAGAUAUCUAAGUCUAGAAAAAAGCUAAGUCCUGAAGAGCAAGGAGAGGCAGAAAAUAGGGCAUUUGCAGCAGCAUUAGCCUGUGGGAAAGAAGCCACCGUCAUUGAGUUCUACUCGCCUAAAUGUCCCCUUUGCAGUUCAUUGCUUGGUUUUGUUACGCAGAUGGAGGCAAGGAAUUCACAAUGGCUUAACAUUGUGAUGGCUGAUGCAGAGAAUGAUAAAUGGCUGCCUGAGAUUCUUCAUUAUGAUAUUAGUUAUGUUCCUUGCUUCGUGAUUUUGGACAAACAAGGCAAGGCGCUAGCAAAGACGGGUAUUCCGAGCAGUCGGCUUCAUGUAAUUGCAGGACUUUCUCAUCUUCUCAAACUGAAGCGCCCGACAACACUCCCUGGAUCAGAUAACAAGCAGCAGCCACCAUGUUGAAACACAGACAUUUGGAACAAAAGAGGAGGAGUCGUUACAAAUGGUAUCAGAAUGGUAGCUCUUCCUAAUAAGAUGUGGUUCGGGAUGAACUAAGGUAGAAACUGGUAGAGGCAUAUGACACUCAAGUAAAUGAGGGUAUAUGAAUGAACUGAAACUACAUCCGAAUGAGAGUGAUCAUGAGAAUAGAGUAACCAAGAAAUGCUUAAAAGAAUUGAAAGUCAGGUUGUGAACAAAGUGCACCUUCCUUUACAUUGGCUCAAUCACAAGAGCAAUUAUAUGUUGGGUAUAUGAACAAAGUGUACUUUCCUUUACAUUGGCUCAAUCACAAGAGCAAUUAUAUGU